AUGUCUUCCAAUGCCGUGCUUCUUCAAGGUCUCAAAGGAAGCGGGAAAACUUUUCUCGUUGAAGACGUCGCCGCAGUAUUGGGCAGGCAGGCUGACCUCGUCCGCAUCCAUCUAGGCGAUCAAACGGACGCAAAGCUGCUCAUUGGCACCUAUGUCACAAGCGCAACGCCCGGUCAAUUUACCUGGCAAGCCGGUCUGCUCACCAAUGCCGUCAAAGCAGGCAAGUGGCUUCUCAUUGAAGACAUUGAUAAGGCCCCUAAGGAGGUCUUGAGUGUCUUGCUGCCUCUCAUGGAGUCUGGCCGCAUUCUCAUUCCAAGUCGCGACGAAACCAUUGCUGCAGCACCAGGAUUUAGACUGCUCGCAACAAGAACAGUGUCUGCAGGUGGGAAACGAAUCACAAAUCGCAUGCUCGGUGCGCGUCUCUGGCAUCAAGUGGAUGUUCGCGAGCUCCCCAUCGCUGAAGUUCGACAGGUCAUGGUGGCUCGGUAUCCUGUGUUAUCGGCCAUGGCUGACACGCUAUUGCGCGUUUGGCAUGUCGUAUCAUCCAUGCAACACACUGGCCGAUCAGCUGAUCGCACAGCUCGGGGCCGACCUCUUGGUACCCAGGAUCUACUCAAAUGGGCCCGGCGAAUUGUCGCCGUCUUUUCUGACAAUAACAUCCUGUCACCAAGCGACACUUUGCCGAGCAAUGUGACUGACGAUAUCUUUUCAGAAGCUGUCGACUGCUUCGCUGCCACAUCGAGCUCACCCUCCAUUUAUGAAGCAAUUGUAACAGACAUUGGUGUUGCCCUCGAAUAUCCUCCCGAGCGUGUUCAGUUGUAUCUCAAGUCGCACACGCCCACCAUCACCGAGACGAAGCAUUCUCUCGCCGUAGGACGUGUGGCACUGGCGAAAAAGGCCAACAUGAGUAAAUCGAGCCGCAGUCGCCCAUUUGCCUACACAAGUAGUGCACUGCGUGUUCUUGAGCAGCUUAUGGUCGCGUGUAAAUUCCGUGAACCAAUUCUGCUCGUCGGAGAGACUGGUACGGGUAAGACGACAGUCGUGCAGCAACUUGCCAAUACAUUGGGCCACAAACUCGUUGCCAUCAACAUGUCGCAACAAACAGAAAGCGGUGAUCUCCUUGGCGGAUUCAAACCAGUCGAUACCAGAUCGCUCGCUGUGCCAGUUAUUGAAGCCUUCGAGUUUUUGUUUGAAAAAACACUGAGUGCUUCGAAGAAUGCCAAGUUCCUCGCUCAAAUCCGACGGGCACUUGCCAAAGGACAAUGGCGGCGCUUUGCAACACUGCUGCGUGAGGCCUACAAAAUUGCUGUCAAGAAGCUUGACCGUGCAAGUCCAGCAUUAGAUGGAGAUGAGGCGCAACGCAAGCGUCGCAAGCUAGACCAUUCAUUGCUCACAGAGUGGCAAACCUUUAGCGCGACCCUCGAUGCUUUUGAUCAGGCACACGAAGGAGCUCAGAAAGCGUUCAGCUUCGCUUUCGUGGAAGGAACGCUUGUGCGGGCUAUGCGCAAUGGAGACUGGGUGCUUCUCGAUGAAAUCAACUUGUCGGCGCCAGAUACUUUGGAGAGUAUCAAUGGACUUUUGCAGGAGAUCCCUUCCAUCGUGCUGACGGAGAAGGGUGACCUCGAGCCCAUCGUUGCGCAUCCAGAUUUUCGUCUCUUUGCGUGUAUGAAUCCUGCCACCGAUGUCGGCAAGAAGGAUUUACCUUCCGGAGUGCGUGCGCAAUUCACUGAGCUUUAUGUGCACUCUCCCGAUGCCAAUAUGCAAGACUUGCUGGCAAUUAUUGCAAAGUAUAUUGGUGGUUUGACGCUUGAAGACAACAGAGCUUGCGACGAUGUUGCAUCGCUCUACAUGACAGCGAAGAAACUCGCACUGGAAAACAGUUUGGUGGAUGGUGCUGGCCAGCGUCCGCAUUACAGCAUCAGAACACUGUCGCGUACUCUCUCGUAUGUCGCUGAGAUCUGUCCUCUCUACGGGCUACGUCGAUCCCUCUACGAGGGCUUCUGUAUGUCAUAUCUGACAUUACUCGACGCCGAGAGCGAGGCCUUACUCUUACCCAUCAUCGAGCAAGCUACUAUUGCGCGCGUCCGCAAUGCAAAGUCUCUGCUCUUUCAGGCUCCAAAACGACCGGUUGGCGAUGAAUGGAUCCAAUUCAAGCACUACUGGCUGCAUCAAGGUCCUUUGGUGCCGCAAGAAGAUGCGCGGUACAUUUUGACACCUUUUGUUGAGAAGAAUCUUCUCAACUUGGUUCGUGCAUCCGCGACGAGGAAGUUUCCGAUCCUGUUACAAGGUCCAACGUCAAGUGGCAAGACAAGUCUGGUUGAGUACCUGGCAAAGCGCACUGGUCACAACUUCGUGCGCAUCAAUAAUCACGAACACACAGAUUUGCAAGAGUACCUCGGUGGCUAUACGUCCGAUGCGCAUGGCGCACUUGUCUUUCAGGAGGGCUUGCUGGUGCAGGCAGUUCCACUCAAUCGAUUGCUAGACGAUAAUCGAGAGCUCCUUAUUCCAGAGACGCAGGAAGUCGUAAAGCCUCAUCCAAAUUUCAUGCUGUUUGCUACACAAAACCCACCAGGUCUCUAUGGCGGUAGAAAGCAUCUAUCUCGUGCCUUUCGCAAUCGGUUCUUGGAGCUACAUGUCGACGACAUUCCGGAAGAAGAACUUGAAACUAUCUUGUGUCAGAGGUGUCAAGUCGCACCAUCCUACUGCAAGCGGAUUGUCGAGGUUUACAAAAUGUUGUCCUUGCGGCGUCAGUCUACUCGAGUCUUUGAACAAAAGAGUAGUUUUGCGACACUGCGUGAUCUUUUCCGAUGGGCCACUCGACCCGCAGUCGGUUACGAACAGCUAGCCGUUAAUGGAUACUACUUACUGGCCGAACGGGUCAGGCGAUCAGACGAAAGAGAGGUCGUGAAGGAGGUCAUUGAGAAAGUGAUGAAGGUCACACUUGCCGAUCUGGAAGCCUACGACAUCGCUGAGAUGCCCGAGUACAAGCAAUUGCUUUCUCAACCUGAUGCAUUGUGUGAUAUCGUCUGGACGACAGCCAUGCGACGUCUCUUUAAGUUGCUUGCUCUUGCCUUCCGCAACCGAGAGCCUGUCUUGCUUGUUGGCGAGACUGGGUGUGGCAAAACGACUGUAUGCCAGAAGAUGGCAUAUGCGUUGGGUAGACCAAUCAAGAUGCUGAACGCGCACCAAAACACAGAGACCUCUGACUUGAUCGGUGCACUGCGUCCUCACGUCGACCGUCUCGGAGCGAUUUUUGCUUGGGCGGAUGGACCUCUAGUGGAAGCCAUGAGGCAUGGCGAAAUUUUUUUGUUGGAUGAGAUUUCUUUGGCGGAGGAUUCUGUGCUUGAACGUCUCAACAGUGUCCUUGAAACGAAGAGAACAUUGGUGCUUGCCGAGAAAGGCGCAGACGAUGAUGCUCAUGUGGAUACCAACGACAAUUUCCAAUUCUGUGCAACGAUGAAUCCUGGAGGGGACUUUGGCAAAAAGGAGUUGUCACCAGCCUUGCGAAAUCGUUUCACGGAGAUCUGGGUACCGGCGGUCUCGGCGCAAGAAGACAUCAUCCAAAUUGUUAACGCAGCUCUCAAUGACACGAGGAAGCUUCUUUGCAUGCCAAUGAUAGAAUUCGCCGAAUGGUUCGCCUCGGCAUUCAGUGGGCCACUCAACAGCACGUCUGUCUCCAUUCGAGACCUGCUGGCUUGCUUGACCCAACAGGAGGCACUUGUACAUGGUGCCGCUCUUGUGUACAUCGAUGCUCUAGGUGCCAGCACAUCAAGCAGCGUCUACUCAGAGAGCGAUGCACUUCAAGCAAAGAGGCAAACAUGCUUAGCUAUGUUGUCCCAGUUUGCCGGCUUCGAUUGUCGAACAGUGUACGAACGAGAGUUCCUCUUCCAGAGAGGCAUGGACAGUGUAAGCAUUGGACCUUUCUCAUUGACCUGCGGUCAUGUAUCGCCUGCCAACGAGCUGUUCCACUUUGCUGCGCCAACAACACACGGCAAUGCUACGCGUGUUUUUAGAGCCAGCCAGCUUCGCAAACCCAUCUUGUUGGAAGGCAGUCCGGGUGUUGGCAAGACAAGCCUCAUUACUGCGAUUGCUCGGGCGGCACGCAGAGAAUUGGUGAGAAUCAACUUCUCUGAGCAGACUGACUUGAUGGACUUAUUUGGCUCAGACACGCCGGUGGAAGAUAAUGCCAAGAUUGAAUUUGCAUGGCGCGAUGCGCCAUUUCUACAAGCUAUGCAGUCGGGCAGCUGGGUGCUGCUUGACGAGAUGAACUUGGCUUCUCAGGCCAUCUUGGAAGGUCUGAAUGCUUGUUUAGACUACCGCGCCGAAGCCUACAUCCCGGAGCUAGGACGUUCUUUUCCUUGCCACCCGGACUUUCGAGUUUUUGCAGCACAAAACCCGCACGGGCAGGGCGGAGGUCGAAAAGGGCUCCCAAAGUCCUUUAUCAACAGAUUUACGGUGGUCUAUUGUGACCCACUGAUGCCUGGAGAUUUGGAUACUAUCUGUCGAACUCUCUACCCGAGCAUUCAUGCAGAGGCCAUCAGCUCUGUUGUCUCGUUCAUGGCCGAUCUUGAUCAACUAUUAGGUUCUGAUCGAACAUUCGGUAGUCUCGGUCAACCUUGGGAGUUCAACCUGCGUGACAUGCUGCGCUGGCUGUCAAUCACGAGCGUGCACAACAGCGAUAUCACCAUUCGCCAAUUUGCUCAUGUUAUUGUACGCGAACGUUUCAGAAGUGAGACUGAUCGCGCUGCUGUUGAUGCCCUUUGCGACCAACAUUUCAGCAAAUUUCCUCCGAUUUCAUCACCAUCAGUGUCCUUGACCCGUUCAUGUUUCAAAAUUGGUCUCGCAGAGAUUGCUCGUUCGAUAAACGGCUCCUCGAUGGGCACAUCGUUCUCAGGGUUCCGUGGGGAACACAAUAGUGCUUUGGAAAGUAUCAUUCAUUGUCUCAACCAGAACUGGCCCUGUAUCCUCGUUGGUUCAAGUGGAUGUGGAAAGUCAAAGCUUCUUGAGAAUGUUGCCCACUUGCUUGGCCAUACGCUCAGCAGUCUGACCAUGACAAGCGACAUGGAUUCCUCUGAUUUGCUUGGAGGGUACGAACAGCGCGACCUUACGCGUUCUGCAAACAUCUUGUUUGCCAAAGCUCGCCAUCAAUUGCUAGAAUUUUUGCGGGCCCGCUCUGACCAACCCCAGAUCGACACUGAACUGGAUAGUUUAGCAGCUGAAUUUGACCAGCCCACCGCUGGCCAUUUUCAAUGGGCAGAUGGCAGCCUUGUGCAUGCAGUCAAGAAUGGCUCGUGGCUUGUGCUGGACAACGCUAAUUUGUGCAAUCCUUCGGUCCUUGAUCGUCUGAAUUCUCUGUUGGAGACUGAUGGUGUUUUGACAGUCAACGAAAGGGUCUUGACGAAUGGUGAACCAAUGGUGAUUGUACCUCACAAAGACUUCAGGCUUUUCCUCACGAUGGAUCCACAAAAUGGCGAGCUUUCGCGGGCUAUGCGCAAUCGAGGCGUAGAAAUCUUUGUUCUUGCAGACGACUCCUUCUGGACAUGCGUUGACCGCACAAUCGCCGAGGGUGAGGUCGACCUUCAAGGCCAAUACUUUGCCCCUAUCGAUGCGGCUGAAGUGAUUGCCCGUCGUCUCCCUGUGUCUGGCAGAAGUCGCGACUUGCCUGUAGAGAACAGCAAUGUCGCGCUUCAGGUUGCUGCAGCUCACAAAGACUUCAAGGGCCCUAGUGCCGAGCUGGGAACACCUUUGGCAAACUUUCAAGUAGCUGUGGAAGCAUUGACGAUUGCGUGGAAUGGACUAGCGACUGAUUCGAAGUUUUGGAACGUAUCGCUCGACGCUGGUGCUCGGUCGCCUGUCAAAACCCACUCUCUUCUUGCUCGACAUCUCGAGAACAUCUUCCAAACAUUUCUUUCAACCUCCACGGAAAUUACGUUGUCUCCCGAAACCGACACUAUCCUCAAGCAAUGGCUGAAGCUGCUCAGUUUCUAUCUCCACCAGGUCGCAUCUGCCCAGCUCAAUUUGGAUCUGGUCUGCGUGUUUCUCACAAAGUUUAAGGGCUUGCUGGAACGAAAUUUAUCGCCCGCACUCGGCUUGGAUAGUGACGCCUUGAGGAACCUCGUCCAUUUGCCACUAUUUCAACCUCAGUCAAGAGGGCAAUGUCUGGAUAUUCUAUGGAAAAGGUUGAGACCCUUGACUCCCAAAUCUUUGUCUGCGAUUGAAAUGAGGGAUGCCCUGAUAGCCACCGGAAUCAAAUUGGACGAUCUGUCUUGGAGCUCGGGGGCCCUCUCUGGCGAGCUCAUUGACUUGCAAAUGAUUCUCUUCGAACUUCUACAGCAAGCGUACGUGAAGGAACAUCCUGCCUCCCAGACGUCGCUCGAGUGCGCUGAUUUGGACAAGACAUUGUCUCCAUCUACGAAGCUGAAUCGCAGCGACCAAGGACGAGACUUAUUUAGGAAGCUGAGCAGCGUCAUUUUGUUGAGCCAAUUGAUCGACUACGAAUCUUGGCAAGAUGAUGAAGUGGUGAGCAUCUACUCUUUUUUCUUUGAUGAAGUCUAA